CAUAUGUAAGCUGUACGGAAUGUAUGAACGAAAUUUUGAGACCGUCUAACCGGGCACUACCUAAUCCAGUCUCAGAUACAUGUAUCAACUGAUGACACGAAAUAUGGAACAUAUCCUUUGUUUUGUAUAGCAGCACUCCAGACGAGUGUACUAUAUAUUAUCUCUAGCGAGUUCGCGGGUCAAUAUAUCCAGAAUAGCGCAAGCGGUCUGCGCUCUAUGCCUCACUAUCACCGCUUCUAAAUGGCCAGUGCAGUACUGGCAAUAGGGGAGUAUGGGACAUCCUCCGCUGCUAGAAUAGCAGACAGUAUGCUGCAGAGUGUUCCUAAUAUUCGAAACGGUUUAAUGGUUGGUAUUAGCGGUGGAGCACCAAGCUCAAAACAUUCCGUGAAUGGGCUUAAGGUUCAAUACGAAAGCGAUGAUCACGAUCUAGAGAAGUCUAUCGAAAGUGUACUUGAAAAGAAGAAAAGAUUGAGGAAAGCUUACAAGCAGUUCGAUUCUGUUAGUGAUCGGCUAUACUGCAGUCAUAUUACGCAUCCGCCAGCCGAUCUUAUCUUAGGUUCUCUGAAGCAAUUAAUUCAAGGCCAGCUUUCUAUACCUGACACAGUGAAGGGGUUUUACAGUCGCUAUAUGCGAACGAAUACUCGCCCAUUAGUGGAAGUCUUCUCAGAUGCAUUAUAUCAUGUUACAGCUUCCUAUCAAAAGGUUAUUGUCGUUAUAGAUAGACUGGAUGAAUACGAAGGGUGUGAUAAAUUUCCCCGCGAAAUUUUCAAACUGCAGUAA